UCGCCACUGCAAGACAAGACCAGGAAACGAAACCUAAAUAGGUAAGAUUGGCCUGCAGUCAGGAAUUGAAACCUAAGCGCUAGGUUUCCUAAGCAAACGGAGUAUUCCUGCAUUUGUCUUGCAGCAGCAGCUCAUUUCAGCAGAGGUGUAUUUAACAGCAGUUUGGUUACUAUGGAUGUUAACCCUGAUUCCCCAUACUACAUCAACUUGCUUGACAGCAAGACUCAUCCUGAAGAUCACAGAGAAUAUGUGAUGUUUCAUGGCUGCUCAAAAGAGGGCGCAGAGUUAAUUAAGAGGGACGGCUUCAAACCAUCAAGAGCCGAUAUCAGCAUGCUUGGUGCUGGUGUUUAUGUUAGUCGGGACAUCCGAAAAGCCUGUAAAUACCCUCUUGAUGUUCCUGACUCUGAGAAAAGAGUACUAAAAGUCAGAGUGGAUGUCGGCAGGGUUAAGGUCAUAGACAGGCAGAACCACCCCAUGCAGAAGACCUGGCACACUGUGCAUCUUUUUGACACUGCCUGGGUUCCUCCUAAUGUUGGCAUGGUGGCGAGCAACCAACAGGAGAACUGUGUCUACGACCCAAAGAGAAUCAAAGUCAUCGAGGUCAUGAAGGUUACCGAAGAGAACUUAUCUCAGUAUGAUCAUCUUCAGAGUGGAGUCAUCCCUGAGGACAGCCACGUCUAUGUGAUGUACCAUGGAACAUCAAAACAGGCUGCAGUAGAAAUACAGAGAAAUGGCUUCACACCAUCUAGAGUUGGCAUGCUUGGUGCAGGUGUCUACCUCAGUCGAGACAUCCGAAAAGUCAUUAGAUACCCCCUUGGUUCUUCUGACUCAAACAGGAUGGUUCUGAAAGUGAAGGUGAAUGUUGGCAGAGUUAAAGUCAUCAACAAACAGGGUCAUGACAACCAAUACAACUGGCACACUCAUGGUUUUGACACUGCCUGGGUUCCACCUGGUGUUGGCAUGGUACCAAGCAACCAAGAGGAGGACUGUGUCUACGACCCAAAGAGAAUCAAAGUGAUGGCAUUGCUGGAUGUCGCCAACUUAAAAAAGGUAAACCCAUGGUUAAACAUUGUGUCGUGGAACUGAUGAACUCGAACUCUGCAUUCAGUGGGAGCAUCCAGCAUCACCUCAUGGUCAUCAGAAGAGGAUGGUUAGAAUCAGACGGUCCCACGUGAUACAGCUCAUAGGAAGUAGAAGCUGAUGAUUUGACAUGGCAAUCUAUAUGCAAUCAAUCAUAUAACCUUAUCAUAUCAAAUAUUUUCGAAAUAUAAUCAAUCAUAUUUAGUUGAUGUCAAUAAUACAUGUGUAUCAAUGAUCAUAUGUUUUUUAAAAAAAGGGGGUUUUCUUCCUGAUAUACAUCUCAAAUAAAUAUGUAAAAGUUC